AUGCCAGACAUAUUAAUAGAGCUAUUUACUGGUGAAACUGAAGAAGCAAUUUGUUUCAGAACCUAUGUAAGAACAUACAAUAGAUCAGGAAUGUUUUUGCAGUUAUACUUUCAUGAUACUGAACAUGAAAUCGCAAAUCGAUUGGCUUUUUCAACAAAACUAACUGAGAGCAUAGUGGUGAAACUCAUGGAACUCAUGAAAAGUAACCCGUAUGCUUGCUUUUUCCGAAGCCUGAGACAUGUUCCAGACUUGGACAAUUAUCAAAUAGUCUUGAAAUCUUACUGUCAAACUGAUCAGCGAGUCUUUAACAAGCCAACAGUAUCCCAAGUAGCUGCACUGUGGGUUGAAGGGUGGCAACCUGGAAUUCAGAGAUCUGGCACUGGUAAUCCAAAAAAAAGGAAAAAGUCAGUUAGAAAUCAUCAACAGACUGCAACUUUAACAAGCUUCAGAUCUGCCGAAGAUAUAAUAGAAUCAGAAGAGAAAGCUUUCAAGAACUUUGAGAAUUCAAAGGAGAAUGUGUCCAUGCGUGAAUACUAUGCAUAUAGGUUCCAGAUGAGGGAGAAAAAUAAACCAAGUAUUCUUAAUACUGCCCGUGCAUGUCAACAGUAUGUAGUGGACAUGUACGUAAAAAUUGAGAGUCAAAGGCUUGAUUUUUUCCGGCAUAGGCAACAACAAAUUAGGACUGAGCAAUUACAGGGUGUCAUGGAUUCUGUAGUUGAGGGCCAAUGUAGAGGUUCAAAAGUAGGGCAACGAGUAAUUUUGCCAGCAUCUUUUAUAGGAGGUCCUCGUGAUAUGAAAAGAAGGUAUGUUGAUGCUAUGGCCUUAGUUCAAAAAUUCGGAAAACCUGACAUUUUUUUAACAAUGACUUGUAACCCAUCAUGGCCAGAAAUCAAAGAAAACUUACUGCCCACUGAUGAGUCUCAAAACCGUGUUGAUCUUUCUGCUAGAGUUUUUCAUGCCAAAUUAGAAAUUUUAAAAGAAGAGUUGUUUAAAAAAGAGGUAUUGGGUAAAGUAGCUGCUUACACCUAUGUUGUUGAAUUCCAAAAACGUGGGUUGCCGCAUGCACAUUUCUUAAUAAUUUUACACCCAGCGUCUAAAUUAUAUUCAACGGAAUCCUAUGAUCACAUAGUUUCUGCUGAGAUUCUUGACAAAAAAGAGCAACCACACUUGUUUAAAAUGGUUCGCAAGCACAUGAUGCAUGGUCCUUGUGGCGACAAAAAUGCAGAUAAUGUGUGUAUGCAAGGUACAACAGUUAAAAAAUGCAAAAAUCAUUAUCCUAAACAGUGGGCACAAAAGACUACACAAUCUGAAAAUUCUUAUCCAACAUAUAGGCGGAGGAGUAAUGGAGAAAAGGUAAAAGUUCGAGGCCAUGAAUUGGAUAAUAGAUGGGUGGUUCCAUAUAAUCCUUACUUGUUAGCAAAAUUCAGUUGCCAUAUGAAUGUUGAAAUUUGCUCAACAAUAAAGGUAGUCAAGUAUACUUAUAAGUACAUAUAUAAGAGACAUGAUAAAAUACACUUUGCUGUGAAUUCAGAUGAUAGAUCUAAAGAGAUAGAUGAAAUUAAGGAGUACCAAUCAGCAAGAUGGGUUUCUCCUAUUGAAGCCAUUUGGCGAAUUUACAGAUUUCCCUUAUUUGAAACACAUCCUGCUGUCAUUAACCUUCAGCUACAUCUUGAAAAUUACCAAUCUCUGACCUUCAAAGAUGAUGCUGAUCUUAGAGAUCUUUUGAAAAGUAAAUUUGCUAAGAAAAGUAUGCUAACUGAAUUUUUCCAUAUGAAUGCUACUGAUGAGAGAGCCAAAACAUUGAAAUGCACAUACAAAGAAUUUCCUGAACAUUUUGUGUGGAAACCUAGUAAACGUAUAUGGGAUAUUAGGCAACAAAGAGGUUCAAUAGGCCGAAUUGUUACAGCAAAUCCAAGUGAGGGUGAGAGGUACUUCUUAAGAUUAUUGUUAUUGAAUGUAAAAGGGCCAACAUCAUUUGAUGACCUGAAAACUGUCGAUGGUGUUUAUGUUAAUACCUUUAGAGAAGCAGCAAUAAUGAGAGGAUUAUUUGAAUCCAAUAACCCUCAAGAGCAGUGCCUAGAAGAAGCAGCUUUAUACCACAUGCCAUAUAGCUUUAGAAGACUAUUUGCUACCCUAUUAGUUUACUUCACUCCUGCUGAUCCAAGAAGUUUAUGGUUAAAAUUCAAAGAAUCUAUGUCAGAAGAUUUCAAUAGAACUUUGAAUUUGUCAAACGAUCAAGUCCAACAUAAAGUUCUCUAUGAGAUUAGCAAGUUCUUAGAAUCAAUGGGAAAAAACAUUAAUAUGUAUGGAUUAGUACCAUGA